UUCAUAAUAAAUUAACAAAUAUGUUACUCAAGAAGUCGUUUAACUAAUACUUCUAAAUUUAUACAAUUUUUAAAUUUGACGUAUACCAAUAUCAUGUAAGUUGAAAAUGCAAAUAUAGAAAAAAGAAAAAAAAGAAAAAACCUAAUUAGAAGAAAAAUUGUCAAUAUUGAGCGUUAUAAGGAAUUUACAAAAGAAAAUGCCUUGCGAUGGUAAAAACCCAAAUUGUGACAGAAGACGUGAUUUACUAGCGCAAUUAAAAUGUUUAAUCAGUUCAAUGGAUAGGAAGAAACCAUGUGAAUGGGACGAACCAUCUUGUUCACCAAUAGUAUACUGCCCUACAAAAUCUUUAUGUACUCCACCUUACUGUGAAUCUGUGAAAUCAUGUAAAUUAUUUGAUCUUCGAGCAAGCAUAAUAUAUAAAUGCGAAUGUAUAAAAAGGAAUGGUUUACAAGAUAGAUGCAUGAUGUGGGAUUGCAUGGGUAGACCAGAGUGCAUGACAAAAUUGUACCCAAUUUGCAAACCCGGUUGCACUGCAUUAUUGAAGUUGACAGAUUUAGGUGACGUGAACGUUGCCCUUAGAAAAUUCUACUGUGCGGACCAAGCUAGAGAGACAGCUCUAGCUGCGUAUUGUAGAUUAGCAUGUGCUCCUGCAAUGUCCAAUACAAGAUGCGUAUCAAAUCCAUAUCAAUUUUGUGAACCAUCACCAUAUAUAGUAAAAUCUUGUGAUCUAUGUUGUACACCUUGCAAUUAGAAAAAUCAUCUCUUUCAUGUAAUGUACUCUAUUAACGUAUUUAUAUACCUACUUGCUUAUAAUAGGCCUGUUCUUUUUGACUGAACUUUUGUACCAUUUUUCUUCUUCUUCUUCUUCUUUCCUUUUAAAGAGAAAAGGAAGAAAAAUGAACUGAUGCAAAAGUUUAGCUAAAAAGAAGUCUUUUGUAUGUUUUAUUGGGUGCAUUUAGACGCAUUUGGAACGAUAAUAAUGGGCGAUAUUCAUAGUCGGAUCUUAUAUUUAAGACCAUCUUAAGUAGAGUCUUGAGAUGUCAACCAAUCAGAGAACUGCACUAGCAUUUUAAACAUUAUUUAAAACGGUAUUAAAUAUAAGAUCCGACUAUGAAUAUCGCCCAUUAUUGUCGUUCCAAAUGCAUCUAAAUGCACCCAAUAAAACAUAUAAAAGACUUUUCUUUUUAGCUAAACUUUUGCAUCAGUUCAUU